GGCUGUCUUCUCGGUUUCAGUGAUGUUUUAACGGCCCGGUGUUAACUUUCUGACAGAUGGACGCUGGACGCGCUGGAAAUGGAGAGAGAGUUCGACCUCUGUUGUUAGUUCAAUAGCUCCGGUCCUCCGUUUGUUCACUGCCAUGAAACAAAGUGUUUUGGGGGUCAUGGGGGCUCUGGGUCGCCUGCUGCUGUCCCUCCUCCUGCUGUCCUGGGAAGGCAACAUAUUACAGGUUGCAGGGGUCAGAUCCGUCACCCUCCCAGAAUCCCUCCUGUUCGUCUCCACACUGGACGGUAGUCUGCAUGCUGUCUCCAAACAGUCAGGAGACAUCAAGUGGACCCUCAGAGAAGAUCCCAUUAUUCAAGUACCUGUCUACCUCACAGAGCCCGGUUUUCUCCCAGACCCCAACGAUGGCAGUUUGUAUGUCCUGGGCGGCAAACACAAGGAAGGCCUGAUGAAACUGCCUUUCACCAUCCCAGAGCUGGUUCAGUCGGCUCCCUGCAGGAGCUCUGACGGUAUUCUUUAUACAGGUAAAAAACAGGAUGUGUGGUUUGUGGUGGAUCCUGAGACAGGCGAGAAGCAAACCAGUUUAACCACCUCCUCCUCUGAGUCCAUCUGCCCAAACACUCCUCUGCUCUACAUUGGACGCACAGAAUACAUGGUUACCAUGUUUGAUACCAAGAAACAGGAGCUGCGAUGGAAUGCUACGUACAAUGAUUACUCUGCUCCACCUUACGAUGACAAACAGGACUACAAGAUGGCUCAUCUGGUGUCGAGUGGUGACGGUCUUGUUGUGACAGUUGACAGAGAGACAGGUGACGUCUUGUGGAGUCAGAACUACGGCUCGCCCGUCGUUCGGGUCUAUCUGUACUCUGGCGACUCACUAAGACACGCCCCCCACCUCUCCCUGGCCAUGGAAACACUACGCUUCCUCACUUUCUCCUCUGCCAACGACCACGCAGACACACACUCCACACUGAAGUGGAGUUAUCAGUUUGUGAAGGAGCAGGCCAGCGCACAAGCACAACUUGUGCCAACUCUCUAUGUUGGAAAAUUGGACUCCCACCUCUAUGCAUCUACUUCCCUUGUCCACAUUGGAGUCUCAUUAGUGCCUCGGGGACUGACCUUGGCUCGUAUCGAGGGUCCGGUGACGGCCGAAGUGACGGUCAGAGAGCAAGGGGAGUGUGAGAUCACACCGGUUACUGAUGUACGCUACCCACCAGGGAGCACAAACAGCAAGAAAAACCACUGGCUGCUAAUAGGUCAUCACGAGCUCCCUCCAGUGGCUCACACCACAAUGUUGAGGGAUUACCCACUCAGCCUGCAGCGUUCUGGUGAGGCAGUCAUCCCCCCUCGAACCUCCCAGGCCCCCAACUACCAUCAGCGCUACUUCCAGACAGUUGACGGCCACCACAGUGACAGUGACGCUAACGCUAACAGAGGAGGGGUUGACGGGAGGACGACUGGACAGGCCCAGGAGCCGGCCCCUGUGCUGCCCGUCUACAUGACUCAGGACCGGCUGACUCUGGCUGUUCUGACGCUGCUGCUGGGAGGAUGGCUGGCCUUCGCCAUCACGUACCCCGUUCGUGCAGCUCAUCAGCUGAAAGCUCAGCGGCAGAUGGAGGAAGCUUUUGAGUCUCGUCUCCAGCGAAUGCAGACAAACAUGCAGACUAACGUGCCGACUGUGACCUCGGUUUCUUCAGUCACAACCCUCUCUACCAACACAAACCUCUCCAGUGACUCUCAGCCUGCAUCUGCUGACCCUCCACCCAGUCCUCACAGUUACAGCAGCAGCACCUCAGAUGUCGAGAAAAACUGCGCCACUGAGCACAAAGCCACAGCAGAAGGAAACAGUGAGGAGGUGCAGGUGGGGAAAAUCUCCUUCACUCCAUCUGAGGUGCUUGGACACGGCACAGCAGGAACUUUUGUCUUCAGGGGUAAUUUUGAUGGACGCCACGUAGCGGUGAAGCGAAUACUGCCGGAGUGUUUUGAGGUUGCAGAGCGAGAGGUGCAGCUCCUCCGGGAGUCUGACACUCACCCCAACGUCAUCCGAUAUUUCUGCACAGAGAGAGACCGCCUCUUCACUUACAUCGCCAUCGAGCUGUGCGCUGCCACCCUGCAACAGUAUGUGGAGGACCCAUCUUGCUUCCCUGAGCUGAAUCCCAUAACUCUGCUGGGAGAAACCAUGUGUGGCCUCUCACACCUCCACUCCCUCAACAUAGUCCAUCGUGACUUGAAGCCGAGAAACAUCCUCCUUUCCGGCCCCAGUGCGCUGGGUCGGGUCCGAGCUCUCAUAUCUGACUUUGGACUGUGUAAGAAGAUCCAAGACGGUCGGAGCAGCUUCUCUCUGCGGUCAGGAAUACCAGGAACUGAAGGGUGGAUAGCUCCCGAAGUCCUGCGAGAAACUCCCGGCAACAAACCGACAGCAGCGGUGGACGUCUUCUCAGCAGGUUGUGUGUUCUACUACGUGGUCAGCAGGGGGCAGCACCCCUUUGGUGAUUCAUUAAGACGACAGGUCAACAUCCUGUCAGGAGAAUAUUCACUCUCCCAUUUUAUGGAGGAUAUACAUGAUGACGUCAUAGCACAGGAUCUGAUCGAGCAGAUGAUCAGUGCCGAGGCUGAGUCCCGGCCCUCCACCGCCUGUGUGCUCAAACAUCCGUUCUUCUGGAGCCCCGAGAAGCAGCUGCUCUUUUUCCAGGAUGUCAGCGACCGCAUAGAGAAGGAGCCACCAGACAGUCCAAUCGUGGUCAGACUGGAGACGGCAGGACGGGCAGUGGUCCGAACCAACUGGAGGAUGCAUAUCUCUGUGCCUCUGCAGACAGACCUGAGGCGGUUCAGGACAUAUAAGGGAAACUCAGUCCGAGAUCUGCUGAGAGCCAUGAGGAAUAAGAAGCACCACUACCACGAGUUGCCACCAGAGGUGCAGGAGACUCUGGGCGAGCUGCCCGAAGGCUUCGUCAGCUACUUCACCUCACGGUUUCCACGGUUACUGAUGCACACGCACGCUGCUCUGCACAUCUGCUCCCAUGAGAGACUGUUUCACCCCUACUAUCUGCCCCCCAACACCAAAUAGCAAUGCCACCACUCACACCGCACACAUACACUAGUGUGUUAUUUUGUGAGCCACAGAAAUCGCUGACAGUUUCCCCCUUUUAUUGCUUUUGUAAAGCCCAUACUGUUUUUCGUGGGGAGGGAGAUACAGUGCUGUGAAAAAGUUUUUAUAUGCCUUGAGUUUUUAUAGAUUCUUUUUAAUUUUCUGCAGGUGUUUUAAGAUUAGAGUUUAUACCUCCACAUACAAUUGUUGUCAUAGUAAUAAAUUAUGUUUUUAAGCUGCAUCAUGUGUAAUCAGUUAGAAUUUCUGUAUUCAAUUAAAUACAAUAGUUCAGCAACGCGUCUCCUCUAAACAAAUUCAGGAAAUUGGCUUUUGUUAAUUUAAUAAAAAUCACCAGUUUUAGACAUGAGGUGAUUCUUUCAUUGAUUUUGAUUUAGGGAAACAAACCCGUUGCAGUUCUUGAACAAGGACAUCUGAAGAACUCUUAGCUUUUUAAUAAGAUGCAGCAAAAAAAGAUAAAGGUAUUGUUUAUUUCUUACCAAUACAGCAUCAAUUUUUCGCUCUGAGUUGGCUGACGUGCAGAGAUUUCUUCAUCCUUAUUUUACAUUGCAGUCCUAUUUUUUUUUAAUAGUUUUUAUUUAUUCAUGUUUUAGGCAGAACAAGCAACUAAAUUCAGUACAGGGGCAGUGCAGCUGUUUAGCUGUUUUCUCUCAGGUGCAAUAGUUUAUUGGAAUAAAGCAAAAAUAUUCCACCAUGGCAACAAAAAAAAAAUUACCCCAACUAAAACAAUUAACUUGUUCUUUGACCCAUUCCACCAAAUUUAACUAAAAAAUGUUUACAAUUUUGAGAUAUCCUCACAGGACGACUGAAACAGGCUGUUUGGAAUUAAUUAUUUUAAAGGUACUUUUUGUUUUUUUUUAGAUUAUUAUUAUUUUUUUUUUUGGCCAUUUUUCAAGGCUUUAUUGAUAGUGAGACAGAUAGAAAGGGGGUGACAGAGGGGAGGACAUGCGGCAAAGGGAGCUCAGGCCGGAUUCGAACCCGGCUCCGCCGCAGCGAGGACUGUAGCCUCUGCACCUGGGGCGCCUGUGUAACCCACUACGCUACUGACCACCCCUUUUUAGAUUAUUUUUAAAGUAUUAAGAGGAAACCAAGGGAAAUGAGGGGUAUAACAGGCAACAAAUUCUCCAACACAAGGCCUCAUAAUUAAAAAAAAAUGUUUAUCUGAUGUAAUAGAAUAUUACCUUAAAAUGUAACAGGUCUUCAUGGAGCCAUGCUGGAUUUUUAGGGCAUCAAUGGAGUUUUAUUGGGCUCACACAAGUUCAUCUUUUAGCUUUGAAGUUCAGAUUAAACCACAAACCGGAUUUGAGGUGCACAAACUUUGUCACAGCACUGUAACACAGACACUGGACGACACGUUUUAUGUAUAAAAAAAGACAAAUAAAGCUUGUGUUGCUGUUACAAGGCUUCAUGGCAUAGAAGAGAUUUAGUUUACUUCCCCUCUGUCCCUGUUGCUGCUGUGCUCCCCUGUAGCAAGUGCCAAAGCGUCCUUAAUAUUUACUCUGCUGUUAGUUUUUUGUAUUUGAUUCGUGUGUCUGAAUGUAGCUACACUGACUGAAGAAUGUACUGAGCCUUGUUUUUCACUAAAAGCAGUACAUCAACUGUAAUAUCAUUGACACUGUUUAAAUUGUGAGAAGCACAUGCCGGGAAUGUCAGCAACAAUGUUUUGCAACGAUGGAUACUACAUUUGCCUAUUAUUCAUUUUAACUUAUAGACAUUUUUGUUUACCCAGUCUCAACUGAAAUGCAGUAUAUUACUCCACUCCUGAUUGUCGGCACUAAAAACUCUUAGAGAUAUGUGAAAUAUCUCUCUGUAACUACUGGAUGAAGGUUAUUUUUUCACUGGUCUGCAGUAGAAUGAAUGAUGAAGAAUCUAACUUUUGUACUUUUUUUGAAUGAGUGAAUUAAACUGAAGCUUUGGGUGUGCCAAAGAAUGAAUAAA